GUGGAGCUCAGAGGAAGGAAUAGUUUUGCUGCAAGGAGGGCAGAUCCCUAAGGAGUGAAUGGAUCAGUGCACUAAUGCAGGAAAAACUCUUCGUGGAAACCCUUCUUCUAUCUCCGUGAGAGAAGCACUACAUGCCCGUUAUGUUCUACUGUGGAGGCUAGAGCGUUUUGCCAAGACAAGGGAAAAAGCAGCGGACUUCGAGUCGGGACACUCCUUCGUUUGAGUUGCCUGUAAACGUUAGCUCGUCCGGGCACUGUUUCCAAUCUGCUUUGAGCAUCGGAGAAGGGUUCAGCCAAGCAGGACAACUGUCGGCAAGAUGCAGGGGGUUUCGGCAACAACUGACCUCUCUCCCUCCUCUCUACAGUACCAGUGUGGAUCGGUGGACUUCCUGUGUUCCCCACGGCUGGGAAAGAAAGCCCCGCCCCCUCCCAGACCAUGUCACGGCCGGCCUGCAGUCAAGCCCCACCCCCAGCCUACCGCCACACCCACCUCUCAGAAACCUCAAGUGCCGCCUAAGCCCCUGCACCUGCUGGCCCUCGGACAGGACAAGAAGCCCAAGAGGAUCCCCCCGGCCCCCUCCAGGCCGCUGCCUGCUCCCCCAACUUCGCCCAAGCCGCGGCCCAGCCAGAUCCCCCCUGGCCUGGCCACACUGCCUCAAAGAGAAGCCCAGAACGUGGGGCUACUCAUCGAGAGGUUUGAGAAGUCCAGGUACUUUACUGCACUGCAGGGGGUAGAAGAUUCCACAAGGAUUCCGAUUCUUGGCGUCCCCCCGAAGAAUCAGCUCCACCUGUGCCUGAGUAUGGACGCCAUGUCUGAGACCACACCCCCCUCUGCCCCUGACCCCACAGCACACUCCCCUUCAGGGUCAGCAGGAGCAAAGGAUUUUGGGAAACGCUCCCCCGCCGACAAACUUGCACAUAUCGUCUCGGAGCGGAUUGAUGAGGUCACAGAGCUGAUAGAACUCUCACGCCUGGCCUCACUCCGCAUCGACGGCCACGAGGACAUUCCUCUGGACUCAAUGGAGGACCACCUCGACAUCGCCCAUGGCGAUGGAGUUGGUUCCCUUGACGAUGCGGAGCAGGAGGAGAGAGGCUCUUCCCAUGAGCUCCAGGACAAUCCGGACUCUCUCUCCUCAGAGCAGAACUUAAAUGGGAAGAUUCCCAACAGGGACAGCGGGAUUGACAGCCCAUCGUGUGCGGUGGAGGGUGAGGUGUUCCCCAACGAGGACGCCAUCGACGAGGAAGAGCGCUAUGACAGCGUCACGGAGACGGAGACCAGUGUGUCCUGCUGCAUAACCCUGGACAACAAGCGUGACUCCACACAGGAUGAGGACAGUGACCUGGAUGAGGUCAGCAGUGGGGAGAUGGAGGGAGGAGAGAAGACAGACACACACAGGUGCUCAGAGACCCAGAGGUUACUGAACAUCGCCAGAGAGCUCCUUCACACUGAGGAGGCCUACGUCAAGAGACUCAACCUCCUGGACCAGGUAUUUUGCACUAAGCUGACAGAAGCUGGAAUCCCUCAGGAGGUGAUAACAGGGAUCUUCUCCAACAUCUCCUCCAUCUACUGCUUCCACCACAAGUUUCUUCUCCCUGAGCUCAAGACACGCAUCACUGGAGAAUGGGACUCAAACCCGCGUAUAGGAGAUAUCCUCCAGAAGCUGGCUCCCUUUAUGAAGAUGUACGGAGAGUACGUGAAGAACUUUGACCGUGCUAUGGACCUGGUCAGCACCUGGAGCCAACGGUCAUCACAUUUCAAGAGUGUGGUCCAGAAUAUACAAAAGCAGGAUGUGUGUGGGAACCUGACUCUCCAGCACCACAUGUUGGAGCCUGUUCAGAGGAUCCCUCGCUAUGAACUCCUGCUCAAGGACUAUCUGAAGAAACUGCCUGACGAUGCACUGGACAGGAAAGACACAGAGAAGGCAUUGGAGCUCAUAUCCACAGCAGCCAACCACUCCAAUGCUGCCAUCAGGAAAAUGGAGAAGAUGAACAAACUGCUGGAGGUCUAUGAGAGACUGGGGGGAGAGGAGGACAUUGUGAACCCAGCCAAUGAACUCAUCAAGGAGGGACACAUCAAGAAGAUGUCUGCCAAGAAUGGGACGGCCCAGGACCGAUACCUCUACCUGUUUAAUAACAUGGUGCUGUACUGCGUUCCCAAGCUGAGAUUGAUGGGUCAGAAGUUCAGUGUGAGAGAGAGGAUCGACAUCGCAGGGAUGGAGAUCAGGAAGGAGGUUCAGGAGAAUGUGAAGCAGAAUCUCCCUCUCACGUUCGCCAUCAUCGGCAAGCAGCGCUCACUAGAGCUACAGGCCAGCACGGCAGAGGAAAAGGAAGACUGGAUACAGGUGAUCCUGGCCACCAUAGAGAGACACAAGCAGAACAGUGAGACCUUUAACAAAGCCUUCAACAGCUCCUUCUCCAGGGAGGAAGACCACACGCCAGACUCACCGGGCCCCUGGAGCACCACAUCCAUAGACUCAGACAGUGAAAGACUGCAUGAAAGGAGAAGUUCCAAGAAGAAGGAGAAGGAGAAGCAGACAUGUAAAGGCUGCAACGAAAGCUUCAACUUCACCAAGCGCAAACACCACUGCAAAGCCUGUGGAGCGGCCAUCUGUGGUAAAUGCUCUAAGAUGUUGGAGAAUAAGACGUGUCGACUGUGUCCUGAAUGCUUUGAGACGAGCCAAGUCCCUGAAGGGUCUGCAGGGGCCCCAGGAGAGAUGAAGAGGAAAGCUACAGCCGAGAAGCAGGUGUCUCCGUCUCUAUUGGGGGACAACUGUCUGCAGUGUGGCCAGCUGCAGGUGCAGGAGAAGGGCAAGAGCUGGACAAAGACCUGGGUGGCCGUCACCAAGACUGAACCUCUAGUGCUGUACCUGCAGACCAGCGGACAGGACUCUCGUGGGGUACGGGCCAUACCCCUCCCGGGGUUUGAGGUGAACAUGGCAGCGCCAUCGGCAACAGAGAAGUCAGAGCUCAAACACGCGUUCCGGCUGAGUAACUCCCAGCAGGCUCUGCUGUUCAGCGCCCAGGAUGCAGAGGUCCAGGACCAGUGGGUGGAGCUUCUCUCUAGAGCCGCCCGCGGGGAAACAACCACAGUCACGCCCGUCAGCCUGGCGGAGCACAGGAAGAGCCAAUAGGGAGGCUCCGUUGAGGCCACAGGACCCUCCCCCUCCUUCCCACCUCUCGCCCCCUCUCCUGUGGACAGAGCACACAUUACUUGAAUUCACUUUACCUUGGCACUUUUUAUUUUGUUUUGUUUUCUUUGAAGAGAGGGAAGAAUCGUCUCCUCCACCAGACACACACACACACAUUCACACACAGACUCGCUCUUUCCCUGGCUCUCUCGAUCUCUCUCGCUUACACACACACACACACAUACACAUACACAUGCACACACACACUUGUGCCACCAGUUCGACACCAUUGUAUGCAUGGUUACGUUGUAUUUCUCUCAGUGUUCUCUGCAGUUCAAGAAGAACAGAAGACUCUUUGAUUUAAUAUGUUUUGUAUUAUAGCCGAAGGCAUUUAUAAGAUGAACCCUGUAUGAUUUUAUAAAACAAUGAAGUUUGUUGUACAUUGUGUGACUGUGUUGUGAAGCAUUAACCCCUGUUGGUCUGUCUGUCUGUCUACCUGUCUGUGUGUUCCUCCUGUGUUUUAUUUCACUAUUAAAUGUUAGCGUAUUGAAUCCCAGACACAGACACCACCUUUCCCCACCCCUGUGGUCCCAGUGCCAGCUCAGUGGUGGUUGUACAGUAUGUAUACCAAAUUGUGUCAUUAGUAUAAAGAGAUCCAUUUAACUUAAGAGACGUGAACGAAUGCUUGUGGCUGGCCACCUGAUGCUCCCACUAUCAGCCCCCCAACUCCUCACAGCCAUCCCCCCAAACACUCCCACCCUCACCCUACUAUCAGCCCCCAACUCCUCACAGCCCUCCCCCAAACACUCCCACCCUCACCCCAUUAUCAGCCCCCCAACUCCUCACAGCCCUUCCCCAAACACUCCCACCCUCACCCCACUAUCAGCCCCCAACUCCUCACAGCCCUCCCCCAAACACUCCCACCCUCACCCCACUAUCAGCCCCCAACUCCUCACAGCCAUCCCUCCAAACACUCCCACCCUCAUCCCACUAUCAGCCCCCAACUCCUCACAGCCCUCCCCAAACACUCCCACCCUCACCCCACUAUCAGCCCCCAACUCCUCACAGCCCUCCCCAAACACUCCCACCCUCACCCCACUAUCAGCCCCCAACUCCUCACAGCCAUCCCCCAAACACUCCCACCCUCAACUUACUAUCAUCCCCCAACUCCUCCCCUGUCUCCUGGAUGGGCUCUUUCCCUACCUCCUCUCACUAUAAACUCUGCCCCCUUGGCCAGGAGAAUAUACUACCACUUCCUGUUUCUCCCUCUUACCUGCUUCGCCCCCAUCUGGUCAUGUGAUAGAAACCUUAGCAAUGAUACAAGUACUGUACGACUGUGCGUUCUGCCUUGCCCCCCUCUACCCCCAACCCCCUGGCACCAGCUUGUAAAGAACCAGAAGAUUGUUUAGUCAUCUCUAUGUGCAUGUAUAAACUUACUGAUAUUUAUAUACCGUGCUCUGAAAACCCCAGCCCCUCUCUCCUCUCCUCUUUGUCGUACUGUAAAGUGAGCAGACUCAGUAUUGCGUGUUUUAACCCUGGGUUGUGCACAAUGGAUAAGUAGUCAAAACAUCAUCAAUAAAGAUACAUAUGGCUCACUCAAUGUCAUACUGUCCAACAUGA